CCAAAACAAUAUGGAAGCCAGAGGCCGACAGAGGUCAAAAUAUCCUGAACAGUUUUCAGUCCUAUCGAGUUAAUUUUUUACAUUCUGCGUGUUAAGACUGCUAUCCACAUGGGGAUCCGACCGUUCAGAAAAACCAAAGUGCUGAAAACCGCGCUCUGGACAGGGGCAGCAUUGGCACUGCUGUUUAUAGUGUACGAAGAAGUGACGACGGCUGUCAGAGUACAGGAAAGAAAUUCGUUGUACUUCAACCUCCAACUUGUACACAGAGUCACCCCUCUCAUUAAACAAACUGUCUUCGAAAAUCUGCACCACCUGAUCAAACUGAUUGAUCAAGACGACUUCGCUGUGAACAACCCUUCCGCCGAGCUUCUUGAAAAUAUCAUCCAACACAUAAUCAUCAGGAGGGGGGACACAGAGACAGCUAUCCUACAGGGGAUCACGCAGAUGUUGAAUGUGACGAUAGAUUCCCAGUUUCUGAUUGGUGGACAGUUGGAAGACGUCAUUAGCAUCAUCCACGAGGGGGUUGAAGUUGGAGAAAACUAUGACGUCACCCUGGCCCGGGUGGAGAGGGUGCUGAGGGAGGGGACCGAGUACGACGAAGACAUAGGUGACGUCAUUUCCGAUCGCGCUUUAGGUAACAUUUUGCCACGGAUUGACAGAACAUGGCGGUUUCACGAUUUGCCGUUCGCCAGAGACAUCAUGUACAAGUCGUCGGAAUGCCCCUCAAGCCUCAGGAACCUAGUCAUGACGUCAUCUUGGUUAAACGGCCGUUUUAAAGAGGACGUGAAGUUGUUUAUGGACAGGACUGACCUGGAAACAGAGAAAUACAGUCACCUGGCUGCAAAAUUCUCCCUGCCAUUCGGGUACCGCAGGGAAAACAAAACAUGGGUAGAACAAAUCCUGACUACUAUAAGAAACCAGGACGUGUUCGGCGGACGUCGGAAGGAUUGUGUUCGGUGUGCAGUGGUGGGGUCCGGAGGGCAGAUGAAAGGGUCGGGAAAGGGAAAGGAGAUAGACGCACAUGACUACGUCUUCAGAGUGAAUAACGCCCAUACGGAGGACAAGUAUUUGGCGGACGUGGGCAACAGGACGUCCUUCUACGUCUUCUACCCGGAAUCACAGAAAAUCAGACACGUUACAAAAGCGAAUCCCUUGCGGCUGUACGUCCCGUUCAAGGGUUGGGACCUGAUGUACCUGGCCGGCUGGCUCACGACAGGCUCUGUUCCAGGCGGGAUGGGGUGUAAAGUCAAGAACCUUAACACAUGCGAAUGGCACACACGGGGGCCCGACCUAAACUCUACCAACGUGAAGAUCGUCCAUCCGGAUUUCCUGCGCUACAUCUACGCCAAUUUCUUGAACGCCACCGGGCUGAGACCGACCACGGGCGCCAUGACCGCCUUCCUGGCCAUACAACUGUGUGACUAUGUAGGCUUGUACGGGUAUGGGUACGAUCCACGGUUUACCCUGCACUAUUAUGACAAGACGAAGUUCAACGCCAGUCGGCCGUGGAGAGGCGCUUGUCACAAUUUCGACAACGAGAGAGAGCUGUGGAAACGGCUACACGAAGAAAAGGUCAUUUACUGGUACAAAAGAGAUUGAACCAAUAAACCUUUAUUGAACGGCUGUCCGCUGAAGAACUUUAAGAAAUAAAAAUACUAAAAUUCAC